AUGUCUGAGGCAUCCACCAUUGUAAAUGCACAAGAUGUAGUACGUGGCGCAUUCCCUAAAGGGGCAUAUGUCAGCUCGAAUCAGAUUCCAAGUAACUUCUUCAGCGAGAGUUCAGAAGCUAGACGUACCGAGCAAAUCAAGCAAGGGAUGCCAUUCUUGCACUCCUUGAUUUCACAGAAGAUUUCGAGUGCGUUGAACAUAAAGGGGUCAAAACCGGAUAGUUCAGUAGGCAAAAAGAAUGACAACACCCCCAGACGGAAUUCUUUGAACCCAAAGUCCCCCAAAACACCCAAUUCUGCUGUAACCACACGUGAAUCGAGCAACCCAAACGGUCCAAACACUUCCGACGCUGCUUUAAACGCUGGUGACGAUGAAGAGGUGUUGUCACUCGCCAACUUGGUUUAUGUGAAGGCGAGUCCAUCUGAAGUCGCUGAACAUAAAGCAGAGGUUGUAAGUGUGAUUUGUUACAUUUGCUUGAUUGAUGAAAGCUUGACCAACCGUUUUUUCAUUAAGGUUCCGGUCGCGAUUUGUGCAAUGAUUGCCUAUCAAUGCAAUCGCCGAUGUAAUGCAGUGCCACUUCAGAAUGGCUUAAUGGUCUUGGCCGGCGGAGUGUCCUGCAGGGUCAAUGAGUAUCUACAAUGCUUCGGUUUGACGACCUCGAGAGAUACUGUUCUCGACGCCAUGGAACAUCUCCGUAUAUCCCAAGAGGAACAGCUGAUGCAGGUAUUUAAAGUCAAUUUGAAAUUGUUGCCGUUGUUGUGUUUUGACAACGUGGACAUACAUCUGCGCAUCCAUAAUUCUCGCAUUGAUAUGUCCUCGAGGCUCUUUCAUGGCACUUGGGGCUUCUACAUCGUUUUUCGCGCGGCACUUUUGGCGAGUUGUGAUGCCGAUGCAGUAUCUCUGGCUGCGUUCGUGGAGGCGAUGAAAAACAGCGACCAAAAGCCCGUUUUGAUAGAGGCCUUUGCACCUCGAGCUGCCGAAUCAGUUCAUUUCAAGGCUGUCAUCAAGUCUCAACUAGCUCUUGCGCUAGUUGAACAUGUCAAGCAUUUGCCAAAUGCACCUCCGGCUCAAGAUCUACCUCAACUUACUGUUUCUCCGCCGAAAAUCGAUCCCAUUGAGUUUCACACUCCCAACAUCCACUUUUUGCGCAUGAUGGACGCUGCUGAUUCCUCAGCCAAUGGGGUGUCACAGGUCCUGGAUCAGGUCAUGACCCAGAUCGGAAUGGCCAAAGAGGAAUACGCCGAAAGCCUGUUGGUCGCCGGGGGUGAUGUAGGAUCGAAUCAAUUGGUUGAAAGUCUUCGUGGUAAGCUGCACCCUCCAAUUGACUCAAUUGAGGGCCUAUCAUGGGUGCUCUCGGUGUUUGGUCCUGCGCACACCACCUGGAACUUCGCCAAGGCCAUUUGGACAUUGCACUGGGGUAACUCAAACGACGGUGCCGAUCGAGGUGCCUGGAGGUCGUCUUUUGAGCUCGGCGGGGAUUAUAACAAGCCUGUGGCCCAACAGGACUUCAACUCAAUCAUGAGAUCCAUACAAUUAGUCCAUAAAGCGAAUUUGGUCUUCGUUAUCAGGUAA